GGCCCCUGCCCGGCCCUGCUCACAUGUGCAUAGGUCAGAAGUCUGCUCAGUGUCUUGUUUACGGAAGGGGGGUAAGAAAGAAGGCAGUUCAGAUCCCAAACAAAAGUAUUUGUAUGACUCAUCUAGUUGGAUUUAAGACACCCUCUCCUUCUUCCAAGGAGCCUCCGCUUCUCUUUGACGGCCUCAGAUGCACGUUCCUGUUCUUCCAGAGGAGGAUGGAUUGAGAGUYGUACAGCUUAGACUUUUUCUGGGCCACUGCUGUUAUUAAAAGACAUAAUGGGGCUUUGUCACUGGAUUAUUGCCAGAAUUAGUUUACACACUGAAACAAUAAGUUGUUAGGCCUCUCCUAUACGGUAACGUUUGUCCUGCUUUAACGUAAAGUUGCUGUGGAGGUUUGGGUUAAAAUUUGUGGAGGACAGUCUGCAUCAGAAGAGGUUCUCUUCAUCUCUGCUUGGUGUGGCAAGCCCAAUCUGUCCUCGAUGCCUUCAGCUUUGGCCAUCUUCACUUGCCGCCCGAACUCCCACCCGUUUCAGGAGCGUCAUGUCUACCUGGACGAGCCCGUCAAGAUCGGCCGCUCGGUGGCUCGCUGCCGCCCGGCCCAGAACAACGCAACUUUUGACUGUAAGGUGCUGUCCAGGAACCACGCGCUGGUCUGGUUUGACCACAAGACAAGCAAGUUCUAUCUUCAAGACACUAAAAGUAGUAAUGGUACCUUUAUUAAUAGUCAGAGACUAAGUAGAGGAUCUGAGGAAAGCCCACCAUGUGAGAUUAUGUCAGGUGACAUCAUCCAGUUUGGUGUAGAUGUGACGGAGAACACGCGGAAAGUCACCCAUGGAUGUAUAGUCUCCACAAUCAAAUUAUUUCUUCCAGAUGGAAUGGAAGCUCGAUUACGAUCAGAUGUUAUCCAUGCUCCAUUACCAAGUCCUGUUGACAAGGUUGCUGCUAACACUCCCAGUAUGUAUUCUCAGGAAUUGUUUCAGCUUUCACAGUAUCUACAGGAAGCCUUACAUCGGGAACAAAUGUUGGAACAGAAGCUGGCAACCCUUCAGCGRCUGCUUGCUGUCACACAAGAGGCUUCCGAUACUAGUUGGCAGGCUUUAAUAGAUGAAGACAGGCUGCUAUCAAGAUUAGAGGUUAUGGGCAAUCAAUUACAAGCAUGUUCAAAAAAUCAAACUGAAGACAGUAUACGAAAGGAAUUAAUAGCAUUACAAGAAGACAAACACAACUAUGAGACAACAGCCAAAGAGUCCCUGAGGCGGGUCCUACAGGAGAAAAUCGAAGUGGUUCGAAAACUAUCUGAAGUGGAGCGGAGUUUAAGUAAUACRGAAGAUGAAUGUACUCACCUGAAAGAAAUGAAUGAGCGGACUCAGGAAGAAUUAAGAGAAUUAGCUAAUAAAUACAAUGGAGCUGUAAAUGAAAUUAAAGACCUUUCUGAUAAGUUAAAGCUAGCGGAAGGGAGACAAGAGGAAAUCCAACAGAAAGGGCUGGCUGAGAAAAAAGAAUUACAGCACAAAAUAGAUGAAAUGGAAGAGAGAGAACAAGAGCUUCAAGCAAAAAUAGAAGCUUUGCAAGCUGAUAAUGACUUCACCAAUGAACGGCUAACUGCUUUACAAGUACGGUUAGAACAUCUUCAAGAGAAAACUCUUAAGGAACACACCAGUUUAGGCAUACAAGUUGACGACUUCAUACCUAAAAUUAAUGGGAGCACAGAAAAAGACAAGAUCAUAGACGAGGGACAUCUAACCAAACUGGAAGAAAGAAAGCUUUUGAAAGAGAAUCAGGCGAAAGUGAAGGAGUCAGAUUUAUCAGACACUCUGAGUCCAAGCAAGGAAAAAAGCAGUGACGACACUACAGAUGCCCAAAUGGAUGACCAAGAACUAAAUGAACCAAUUGCUAAAGUAGCUCUUCUGAAAGAUGAAUUGCAGGGUGCACAAUCAGAAACUGAGGCUAAGCAAGAAAUUCAGCAACUGCACAAGGAGCUGGUUGAAGCCCAAGAGCUAGCUAAAACAAGUAAACAAAAAUGCUUUGAACUUCAAGCACUAUUAGAAGAAGAGAGAAAAGCAUAUCGAAUGCAAGUUGAAGAGUCCAACAAGCAAAUAAAUGUUCUGCAAGCUCAACUGCGAAGGUUACAAGAAGACAUUGAGAAUCUCCGCGAGGAAAAGGAAAAUGAGAUUUCCAGUACUCGAAAUCAGCUAAUCGACGCUCAGAAUGAGAUUGUGCUGCUUCAACAAGCCGCGGAAAAGACGGCUUCGGAGCGCGACACCGACAUCUGGGCCUUGCAGGAGGAGCUGCGGAAGGUGCGCACGGAGCUGGAGCGCUGGCGGCAGGACGCGUCCCGCUACGAGGAGGAGCUCGCCAGCCUGCGGGCCGGCUUCCAGCUGCGCUGCCAGCAGUGCGAGCAGCAGCACGAGGAGGAGGCUGCUCGCUUGAGAGGUGAACUUGAAAAGUUGAAGGAAGAGUGGAGCGCUCUGGAAGCGGAGUGCACUGCUCUCAAGAAGGAAAAUACUUUGCUCACAUCUGAACUUCAGCGACAAGAGAAGGAGCUUUCAAGCUCUCAGGAACAGAGUUUAGCGCUAACUAGCGAUAUAAAUGUUCUUGAAAUGUCACGAAAAGAACUUGAAAAUCAGAUGGGAUCUUUGAGAGAAAAACAUCAGCGGGAUGCAGCGAGUCUAAAAAGCCAACUCAGUGAAGCUGAAAACCAAGCAAAGGAUGUUCAGAAAGAGUAUGAAAGGACACAGACUGUGCUCUCAGAGCUGAAGGCGAAGUUUGAGAUGGCUGAACAAGAAAAGCAGUCAAUCACAGAUGAGCUCAAACAGUGUAAAGAGAACCUGAAGCUGCUACAAGAAAAAGGAAAUAACCCUUCCAUAUUACAACCCGUCCCAGCCGUAUUCAUCGGCCUAAUCCUGGCUUUCCUGUAUUGGUGUUACGGCCCAAUGUGGUAGCGAAAGAAACAAUGGCCUUGGAUGCCUGUGAUGGCAGCUUUGGUUGCUGUAACAGCCGUGGUGCUGUACCCAGGCCUAACCAGAGCUUCUCCAUGAGAACUGUUGUUGAAUCCAUACACCGUCCUCCCUUUAGAAGCUGGCAGCACUCAUAUACUGAGGGAAAACAGAUUAAUUCUCUUCCUUUUUACCUCUUAAUACAGCACAGCUCUGCGUGAGAACAGCAGUAGGGUCAUUUGCUUUAAACUGUAUAAAAUGUAUCUGUCUAUAAAGAGGGAAUAAAAUUGUGAUUCAUCAUACUGUGAGCAAUAUUUUUGCUUACAAUUUCACGUAAGUUUUAAAUUAGUAUGUUGGGAUUCUAAAUACUAUAAUGGUGGCCUAAAGUAGGCUUCGUGGUACCAGAUUAUUUAUAAUGGCUAGGUUUGUGGACUCUCACUGUAGGAUCUGAUUGCCGGCUGUCAAAGGAAAAACACAGUUUUGCUGAUCUGGACGCCCAAGUCGAAUAACUUCGCAGAUCCUUUGCAAGCAGCUGCAGUGUGCUCAGUGCCUUUCAGUAUGCUGGUCCUUCCUCUAAAACAAGGAUACCGUUUUAUUGCUGUUGGUCACUGAGCUGUUGGGAACAAGACUUAAGGUAACUUCGCUUAGGCCUUUCGAAGGAAGCCUAUUUUUAUUUGACAAGGAUUGUUUUAUUGAUGAUUUCUGGAAAUAAACACAAUUCCUGUCCAGCCUUAAAGAGAUAGAGACACUGAUGGUGAAGACCAGCCUAGAAUAUUGAGUGUGCGCGUGUGCGAGUGUAAGCAUGUGUGUGUUCCUGAAUGAACUAAGGGGUUUCUGGGAGCAAAUACUCGGUCAUUUGAUGGACAUAGUGCAGUGAUUCAACUUGCGUUAACUUUAGUUUGAAUGUAAUUUAUUAAAUUUCAUAUAUUUAAAGAGAUGCRUUCUUUAAAAGUAUGAAUCCUUUUCUCACAUAUCACAUUGUAUCAGUUUAUUUUUUCAGGCAUUUGAUACCUUCUGACUUGAGCUGGAAAGGCUCUUUAGAUAAGCUUUUAUUGGUGCAACUUCAUUAUGAAAUCUGCUACAAUGCAUCUGUAAUUAGCAAAAAAAUUCAGAACUGCAUAAUCUGCUCCAAAAUUGGGAUUGUCUGUCUAGUCAUGGAUGUGUCAGGUGAACAACGCUUUAAUUUGGUAGGUAAAUUUUUCAUCAACAUCACAUGGCUGUGAGCCCAAUACAGUGAUCCCCAUUAUAAAGUUGAUUUUUCUUAUCAAAGUACUAUGAUUAUUGCUACUUGCUGGCUUUUGGUGGGAAUCACUGUAGUUAUUGCUGAAUUAAAGCAUAGACUGUAGUUACCUUGUUCAGCUCACCAGUUCUGUCAAAAAAGUUUAUUAAAGACUUCAAUAAUAUGCUGAAGAAAGGUGAAGCAAAAUGGCUCUACUAAAGGAAACUUCAAAAUAGGGAAAUAACUUAAAAGAUUCAAUUGGCUUUAAACAGUCUUAUGGCAAUCGACAGUUUAAAUAUUUAAAUAGAAAUUUAGCAUAAAAUAUACCUUGAGUUUUUGAGAAUCGUUGUCUGUCCUUUAAAGGUUCUACCUUAAGCUAUGUGGGAUUUGCUAAUGGGAGGAUUAUUAGUUAUGGAAAAAAUAGUCCACAGGUGACUUGUAGAAAAUAUAUAUUGUCAUUUAGUUCAUUAAUUUCAUCACUUUCAGUUGCA